CAACCGGAAGUAGCCGGGCCCUUGACGAAAGGACCGGGCAGAGCGGAAGUCACUCCGUGAGGCAGUGGCGACAGCGGCGGCGAGAGGAUGAACAACAAGUUCGACGCCUUAAAAGAUGAUGACAGUGGAGACCAUGAUCAGAAUGAAGAAAACAGCACACAGAAAGAUGGUGAGAAGGAAAAAACAGAACGAGACAAGAGCCAGAGCAGCGGCAAGAGGAAGGCUGUUGUCCCUGGACCAGCAGAACAUCCCCUGCAGUACAACUACACCUUUUGGUACUCGAGGAGAACCCCCGGCCGUCCCACCAGCUCACAGAGCUACGAGCAGAACAUCAAGCAGAUUGGCACCUUUGCCUCUGUGGAGCAGUUCUGGAAGUUUUACAGCCACAUGGUACGUCCUGGGGACCUGACAGGCCACAGUGACUUUCAUCUCUUCAAAGAAGGAAUUAAACCUAUGUGGGAGGACGAUGCAAACAAAAACGGCGGCAAGUGGAUCAUUCGACUGCGGAAGGGCUUAGCGUCCCGCUGCUGGGAGAAUCUCAUCCUGGCCAUGUUGGGGGAGCAGUUCAUGGUUGGGGAGGAGAUCUGCGGGGCUGUGGUCUCUGUCCGCUUUCAGGAGGACAUUAUUUCUAUAUGGAAUAAGACUGCCAGCGACCAAGCAACCACAGCCCGAAUCCGGGAUACUCUUCGGCGCGUGCUUAACCUACCUCCCAACACCAUUAUGGAAUACAAAACUCACACCGACAGCAUCAAGGCCUGGGAGGAGUUUCAUGGCCUGGUGAACAGCAGCGGCCGCUGAUCGGACGCUCCCCCUCUGUCUGUCACACUCAGGGGACAAUUCAAGCUUUCGAAAUACAAAAAUCACAUUGUGAAAGUGCACAAGCUGGCAAUAAUCCUUUUCUGUUUGUGUGUCUGUCUGAAAUGGAUGCGAGGCUCAGGCAGUCCUUCUAUCUGCUCACUGAAGGGGUGUACCUGAGCCAUGUGCUCCCCUUCUGCACUCGUUCCUGGAAGACGGACUCUGCUAGACACCUUCCAGCACUGCUGACUUUUAAAGCAGGAAGCAUGGGGAAACUGACUUUAUAAUAGACAGACACUUUGUGAUGGGGCUCUGUGCAGGAGUGCAGCUGUUUCCUUGUUGUGUGCUAUCCAGAUGCCUCUUGGCAUCCUGCUGUACUCUCCUGCUGUGCAGAGGACUUGAUUACCGACCACAUGUAUGUGCCCGUGCUGGGUCCCAGCUGAGCGUUAUCAGUGUUAUGAAUGCUUGCACAUCCAGGGGCAGCCUCUGCUUAGAGUUGAAGAGAACCGAACGCCUCUUCCAGCUCUGCUUUAAGUUAUUGUGUGUUCCUCUCCCCCACGCCCACCACUCUGAACAUGUUAGGAUGUGAUAACAGCCUAGGAUUCUGUGUCCUUUGCGCCUUACACCUCCAGUUCCCACCAGUGGGACUCUCCUUCUUAGGCACUGCAGCACUUAAUUGUGAUCCUGGGCAGCACUGGUUUUGCUGGUAAAACCUAAGGUAUCUGCCCUGUGAGAGAAGGUGGAGAAGAGUGCAGUUCAGUCAGAAGCUAGAUUAUAAUGCAGAUCCCACGUGUGGGGUUAGAGCUGAGGGCAGUGACGGAAACCAGCCACAUAUGAGUGGGACUUUACGUGCUGACAAUGGUCUGUGGGGCUUGCAUGUCCCUCGUGGAGGAGGAAUGACAGCUGGUUAGUGCCACAUUAACACUCUGUGUAGAUCCUACAGUGCUGAAGCAGACAUCUGGAGAAAUGGCAGCCUUGUUGGAUGGUUUAUUUGAUGGCUGUGUCUGUCUGCUGUGGUUGGAAAAGACUUUUGGUCCUCAUUGCCUGGAUGUAAACAAAUUGUCCAGAUUCCUGAUGCUCAGAAGGCUCCUGCAGGCAUGUCCUCAUCAGAGAAGCUGGGUGAUCUGACUCUGGGAGCCUGAGGCCAGAGAGUUCAGAAGAGCACCCAAGAUCAAGGAAGAAAUGGGCAGCUGCAGCAGCUUUCAAGUACUCUGUGUACUGGGCUCUUGUGAGCCGAGAUGGCAGUACCUUAAAUUAAGGCCUCUCUUUAAAGCAUAUCCCUGAAGCCUCGGGUCCUCAGCCAUGGGUCUCAGGACUUCGGAAUUUAACAGCAUCUCCUUGAAUCCAUGAUGCUCUCUUCCAGCUUUCCAGCUCCUGAGGCCCCUCGAGUCACUGCUGUCUGGGGAUGCCUUUUCCUGAAAGAGCAGAGUGCAGGGCCCAAGAGGGGAGGUCUUUCCACUGUGGGUGAAGCCAUCUGAGAACCAUGUCCAGCAGCGAUUGAAACUCCAGGAAUCUGAAGAAUGCCUUCUGGGGUAGUUGUGAAGGGCUCAGGCAAAACCCCGAGCAUCAUUGGCUGCCAAGGAGGCAAAGGCUGCCUCUGGAGACUUGAUCAAGGCAGGGGCCUCACAUUUGCCUGUGCUCAGGCCACCUCAAAAAUCCCAAAGAGCAGACAUUUGGACUUGCCUUCCUUUGGGCAUCUCUCUGGUUCGUGUGUGUGUGUGUGUGUGUGUGUGUGUGUGUGUGUGUGUGUGUGUGUGUGUGUGUGUGUGUCUGUGUGUGUCUGUGUCUGUCUGUCUGUCUGUCUGUCUAUGUGUGUCUAUGAGUAAGGAAGGCCUGUGUCAGGCCUAGUGGUUAAAUGUUUUGCCUUUUUUUUUUUUUAACUCUCAUUUGUUCAAAUAUUUGAAUCUCCUGUUUUUUAGAACUGCUCAUCGUUUCCCAUCUUCUUGGUCAGUACAGUAUUUGACAGUUGGGUUUUUCCUCCCAUCCGAAGUGUGCCGGCCCUGCUCCCAUUAGAGUGAGGGGUUCUCACUGUCAGGCGGCAUCUCCACCCCAGUGUUCUUCAGGUGCUCUGCCUAACAGCUAGAAGGGGAAAUUGAAUGGUGGGUUUACCCAAGCCACCCAUUCUUUGUAAACUGGCUGGAGAAGUCUCUCGGUUUAUUUUGACUCCAUGGGACUCUGGUAGGCUGAGAUACCACACGGUUAUGGUUACAGUAUCAUCAGUUCUCCAAACAGGCAGAGGUCCCCAGAGCAGUGUGACCAGCGUGACAGUUGCUGCUAGGGAAGGGAGAGUCGUGUUCUCCCUCUGCCUUCUUGGCCCCGCUCCUCUCAGAGAGCCUUUCUCUUCGUCCUUUUGUUCAUGUGUCUGUAUUUCCCUGUGACACUGGCAGUGGCAAUAUUUCAUCCAGGGAAAAGCUUGUCAGUGCUCCAAGAAUGAAUUUUCAAGUGUCUGCCGGAGGGGACGGAGCAGGGCUGUGCCCAACGAUGUAGUGUUGCACUUUGAGAGGAUUGUCUACUGCAGUAAUAAAUGGAAAGGAUCAGCAAGA